CUAUUUUAUUACAGCGAUCUCAUGCGAAAGAGCAUGCUUAUACCGUCGAUUAAUCGACCCGGACACUUCAUGGGGACUGACCUCAACAUAGAGCACAUUAUUAAUGCGCUCAAGUUCUACUACUCGUCUAAAGGAAUACACGCCUCCUGGGAUCAGCUCUUGGUCUACGCGAUUAACUUACCAAUUUAUAGACCGAUCAAACUCAAGAUCGCGAAGUGGUACGGCGCCAGCUGGGGUGGAAUGAACCACACAGUGCCGGACACUUCGUCACACGUCAGGCGACUCAUGGACAAGGCUUAUGACCUUCGUCUUGCAGAA